UGAAAAAUUUAUUACUGCCAUUGUCGAAAUGUAAUGGGCGACUGGAUACUAAAGCUGUUCUCAAAUAUCGUUGGCCAUGAGUCGAACAUGGGAAAAUGAAAGGCGUAUGCACACCAUUUCCUGACAACAGUCACGAAACUUUCGAGUGAUAAAACCGGAUUAAUGGGCACGGCCAAUGGUGUGAGAUUCAUGCGUGGUUUCUGACGGAUUUUACUACCGGUUUUCUCACUAUGGUGCUCCAGUCUUCGCUUGUCUUGUGCCCGAUUAGGAUGUCACAGAAAUUUGUUAAUCUCACACUGAGAUUGCUUGUAUUUGCGCUGGUUCUUUUGGUGGAAAGUAAAAAAAGUACUUUCAAUAUCACAAGAUACACAGAAGGUGAUGUUUUUCAGAACAUAAACUCUUCCAGAUCUUGUAAUGAGAGUGGAGCGAGAUGCGUCCUCGAUGGAGAAAACUCGCCAUUUUGCGGAUUCAAUUGUUGUUAUUGUAAGUGUGAGAGAAACAAACCAACCUAUCUUCAAAACAACGGGACUUGUCUCUCUGACGAGCAACUGAUGUCCAUUUUGAAAGCUGAAAGUGUUAUUCAAGGUUGUGAUUACCGUGCAGUUGUCGGCGAGAGUUAUCGUCAGUGUUAUGGUCAAGUUCUCACUACUCUUAACACAAGACAUCCCGGGAACAGAAGCGUUUAUUUAUGUCCGUGGAACAAGAAAAAUACUGAAGCCCUCCUUCAUUUUAAACUUGCCAAGGAAUUGUCGAGAUGCGAGAUACUAGCGAAGGAAUCGUUUUAUCUUGAUGGCAGCUGGAUAAACUUUCUAACUGAUAAGGAACCACUUUCGACACUAUCUGUGAAAACUAAUCCACAUCCUUCGUAUGAAAAGACAGACGAGUUAUUUCUCAAAUGGACUAAAGACAUUGGAAGACAGUACGAUGGACGCAUUUUCUCUCUCAAGCUGCAGUGUCAUAGAGACGAAGGAAAUGUUUUAAAGUCUUGCGUGUAUUUCAAGAAAAAUGGAUUUCUUACUGACGUUAAACCAACCUCAAGGCCAUUGGUUAAAAGUGCCCGCGUUACAAGUACUCCAGUCCAGCGAAACGCAACAAAAGGUGCAGAGACGACGUCAUCAGCUUCGACAGGAAUCAAUAUUGUUUCAUCAACUGCGCAUACUCAGAUCAUUUUUGUAACGUCAAUCAAAGGCCACCAACAGAAGUUCAACAUAGUUUUCAUUGCCCUGGUGGCUCUGGGUUGUGCGUUAAUUGUCGUACUAGCCUGCGUGGUCGUAAUUUGCUUGAUGUGGAAACGAAAAAGAGGUCUUGCAAUAGUGAAAGGGAUCAAAGCUGCAAGCAACCCUGUUUAUGAGAAAGGUGCUUCGGACACAUUAAAAAUGGCGAAACUCUCGGUUAAAAGUGACGAAGAAGAGGAGGAAGGUCCGGAGUAUCAGCCGCUGGUGGAGAACACCAAGUCACCUGAGCGCAAAGACAGUCUAUCGGGCUACAGGACACUGUCUGUCGGUCAGAGACCCGAUAACAGUAACAAUCCAGGGCUUCGUUCGUCCAAUUACCUCAGUUUAAUACAAGAUGAACCCGAAAACGAAAGAGACUAUCAGACACUGGUUGACGACACCAGUCCACAGAAACUGGAGACCGUUGAUGAAGAAAUAAUUCCAGAAUAUCAAGAACUAGAAGAGAGAACUGAAAGUGAAGGUGAGUGAAGUUGUUCUC